ACACCAUAAAUACAUCGAGAAAGUGUGUGCGAAGCGGCGUCUCGCAGCGUCUCGCGAUCGUUCGCAGUCCGUCGUCACUCGUCCCGGUCAGUCAGCUGGUAGUGGCGGAACCAACGUUAGUAGCUUGUUCAUCUCUCGUGCGGGCGUGCCAAGUGGUGGACAGUACGUUCCGUACAUCCAUACCGUAUUACCACCCUUCUGGCUAUUGCAACAAAAUUCCCUGGAGACGGUGACCAAUCCAACCUUGAACCAACGAGUCCCGAAAGGGGUACCGGGCCCUGGCAUUCCCAAGGAACGGUGUACGGACUGCACGGCUUUGAAGUAGACCACGGUGAUAACAGCCGAAUUGGCCUGACAGUGCAGAAGGGUGGUUGGAAUUAAAAGUGAAAAGAAAGUUUUUCCAACAAACAUAAAAUCCUCGCGUACCCCCCUCCUCCUCCUCCUCCGGGUGCGGUCACCACCGGUCGGGCCGGUUGGGUUCCGGUGGUUUGGUGUUAAAUAAUUUAAAUAAAAUUGCCAAAGUUUUAUCGCCAUCUUGCGGUGCCGACGCUCAGCGCACCAGCGGGAGAUCCCCAUCAUCCCGCAUCGCCACCGCGUGACAUAACCUCUCUCACACACACACAAAGUGCCUUGGUGGUGGUUUGAAGAGCGUUGAAAAGCGAUUUUUCGCGGUGCUGUGUGCGCGUGUGAGAACGAAACGCGCAAGUGUCCGAGUGGAAAACUGUGAAAAACUGUGUCACAACAACAACAACAGAUGCGAUGCGGUGGCCGGUUGUUACUGCGGAUACUCCGGCUCCUCCACCGUACACUCCCCGGUGGCGCAUCCUACCGUUGGUGGUGUUAGUGAAUGUGGUGCUACUAGUGGUUGGUUCCGUACAGGCCGUACCGUACGGUGAGGCCGGUGUCGAGGUGGACGAGGUGAACGAUGCCAUCUCGUUGACCGCUUGUUACGUGGAAGAUCUGCGCAAUAUCCGCGAACAUCGGCAGAAUCCGCUCACGAUCGCAAUCACACACUGCUAUCUGCAAGAGCUACCGAACGCGAUCUUCAUCCGGUUCAACGAUCUCCGGACGCUCGAGGUGUGCGAUAGCCGCGUCAACAACUUGCAGGACUUUGCCCUGAACGGGCUCCGCAGUCUCGAGACGCUCAACCUGUCGCGGAACAAUCUGACGACGAUCAAAUCGUGGAGCGACCACGAUCUCGAUACGCUCCAGGUGCUCGAUCUGCGCCGCAAUCUAAUCCGCGGCCUGGAUGAGGCCUCCUUCCGGCGGUAUCCGGCACUGGUGAAGCUGAACCUGGCCGUUAACUAUAUCACCGAAGUGCCGGAAGGUUCGUUUAAACCGGUGGCCAGCACUCUGCGGUCGCUGAAUCUUGGCAAGAACCUGCUGACCGGUGUCGGUGAGGGAACACUGCGAGGGUUGGGUAAACUGACGCACGUUGCGCUCCACCACAACCGCAUCCGCUCGAUACAUCCCGAUGCGUUCGCAACCAACGGUCACCUGCGGUCGGUGCAGCUGCAGGGCAAUCAGCUGAGCACCUUCGAGCCGGAUCUGCUGGCCAGUCUGCCGAGGUUGGCGUUUCUGAACGUCAGCUGCAACGAGCUGGUGUCGGUCGGCAAUCUCAGCUUCAAGUCGAACGGUGAUCUGCGGGUACUGGAUUUGAGCUACAAUCGCAUCGAGCUGCUGGAAGAUAACAGCUUCAAGGGUCUGUACGAUCUGGAGGUACUCAACGUCAGCAACAACCACCUGCAGGGUGUCAGCAAACAUGUGCUGAGGGAUUUCGCUAAUCUGCAUGAGCUCAACCUCGCCACCAACGCGCUCCAGUACGUCGGUCUGAAGCUCUUCGCCACGACACCGCGCCUCGCCCACCUCAACCUAUCCGGUAACGCCAUCAACGACAUCGACCGGGAUGUGUUCGAAGAUCUGCCGAAGCUUCACACGCUCGACCUCGCCGGUAACCGGCUCACCGAGGAUUCGUUCCUCUGGCCACUGAUGAACCUGGGGGUGCUGAACAUGAGCCGAAACGGGUUCCAGCGCGUUAACGCCUCACUGUUCGAGAGUGUCGCGUACGUCGAGCUGCACGGUAACCCGUGGGAUUGUCGCUUCCUAGUGCAGGAACUGGCCCAUCCGAACCGGAACGUUGUGUACGGUCGGAACUAUGCCGUCGACGAUCCGAUUCACAUCAUCCAGGCCACCGGUAUCGAGUGUACGGAUGAGCGGGGCCGCCAUCGGGAUAUUGUCGUCGUGGAACCACCGGUCAAACCGGUCGACGCCGAAGCGGAGUUCCACCGUUAUCGGUUCUUCCACGAAGGGCACGUCGAUACGCGACCGAUACGGGAUGAUUUCGAUGCCAAAUCGACCGUCAUCUGGCUGAUGUCGGGUGCGAUCGCCGUGUUCGGGGCGUUCAAGCUGAUCCAGCUGCUGCUGCGGCACUCGGAGCACCAGAGCGAGAAGUGGCGCCUGGCACAGCACGUAAGUAGCAACGAGGAUCAUGAGGCCGCACGGCGCCAUCAUCAGCACUACGCGGCCAGCGGUGGCGACUCGACGGGUCAUGGUGUGGCGUCCGGCGGCCUGUCGCCACCUACGUCGGGCACUUCCGCCGGUAGUGGCGGGGGAUUCCACUUCUCUUUAAGCGUACCGCAUUCGGCAUGCGAGCGCCAAUACACGCCGACAAUUUAGUGGAAUCGUCUUCAGCUUCAGCGCUUUAACCGCCGUGUUCAGUGACCAUCAACAACCAUCGUGUGAUAAUCGUGUUG